CUUAUGUAAUUUUAAAUUGUAAAUUACUUAAUUAUUUCUUUUUGAAGGAACUAUUUAAUUAUUUCUAAAAGUUGUAAAAUGGAAACUUUGAAUUUAGGCUAUUUAAAAGAUAUUUGUGUCCCAUUCUCAAAAAAAAAAAGAUAUUUAUUUGUAUCCCCGGUUGAGGUAAGCUGGGAUUCGAGUCAGCUACAUUUUCUAUCCUUGGUGGUUAUUUUUGCCCUUUUUAUACAUUUCCACUUCUGCCCUAGUUGAUCGGUCAAGAAAAUUAAAGAUUAAAUUAAAUCGUCCAUCGGCGAGGGAGAGCGACGGAGAAUGACGACGAUUCGAAGGUUUUGCUGCAACGAUCUCCUCCGAUUCGCAUCGGUGAACCUCGACCAUCUCACUGAAACAUUCAACAUGUCGUUCUAUAUGACCUAUUUGGCGCGGUGGCCGGAUUAUUUCCACGUUGCCGACGCUCCUGGAAACCGAGUUAUGGGCUAUAUUAUGGGCAAGGUUGAGGGACAAGGAGAGUCAUGGCAUGGUCAUGUCACUGCCGUAACUGUAGCUCCUGAAUACCGGAGGCAACAAUUGGCGAAGAAACUCAUGAACCUACUUGAGGACAUCAGCGACAAAAUUGACAAAGCUUAUUUUGUGGAUCUUUUUGUGAGAGCUUCAAAUACACCUGCCAUCAAGAUGUAUGAGAAGCUUGACUACGUUGUUUAUAGACGUGUACUUCGGUAUUACUCUGGAGAGGAAGAUGGUUUAGAUAUGAGGAAGGCUUUAUCAAGAGACGUGGAAAAGAAGUCUAUUAUUCCUCUCAAACGGCCGAUCACUCCAGAUGAACUGGAAUAUGAUUAGUUCCAGAUUUUCUAAUCAGGAGGAACAUAUCUGCAUAAAGCACCAGCCAUUUGUAUAAUUAGGAUAAACCUGAAUUUCUUUCUAGAAACUUGACCUCUUUAUUUGAACCCAUUGAUUUGAAUUUUUUUAUGGUAGAGAAUGAGUUUUAAACAUAUAGCCACAUGUCUUUUGGUUCAUAUCAUGAAUCCUUCGUUGCUGCA